GAUGCACAAUCGUUCAUGAGCCGGGCCUACGGUGUAUGUUCACCCGUACAAGACGGUUAAUUAUGCUUGGUUGAGAAAAAAUAACAGGCUUUAUACACAUCAUGUCAAGUCCUAGUGCAUUUUUGCGAAGUGUUUUACAGAAUGGAAUUGGACGCUAUGUUUGUCAAUUGCAGAGACUGACCCUGCAGUUCAGUAAGACGGCUGGGAGUGCCAAAGGAGUCAGGGAUUUUGUUGAACAAGAUAUUGUUCCAUUUGCAGAAAAGAAUCCACAAGUAGUCUUAUAUGUCACACCUCACUCGAAGUACACUUAUCCAAAAGUUGUUGCUGAGUUCUUGAAUGGCACUAAGAGAAAAGUGGACUUGAACAACCUCUCAAGAGAAGACAUCAUAAAGGAAAUUGAGCUUCUACGAACGCAAUCAGGACUGGAUAUUGUGCGAAUCCGUAAACAGUGGCAUACGGACAAUCCCAGUAUACAAGGAUACUGGCAUCCAUUCUAUAAUAAGCCAACAGAGUUGAAUAUAGAAACCUUCCCGAGUCAGAAUCCAACACUGAGUGAACCCAGGACACCACGGUUACCCAAGCUGACAGAGAAACUCAUUGACGAAUUGAAAGAAAUAAAGGACAGUGGAAAAUACAGGGAUAAAUGAGGGAUGGAAGUCAUAUUUUCAAAUUUCUUAAUGCUCAUGUUCAUGAAUAGAAGUGAUCAUGAAUGCCAUUUUGUUGCUUUUAGGGAAUAUGUGACAGUGGUCUGCCACAAUAUGAAACAAUUGAAACUUUGAAUUGUUGUAAAUUUGUCUUUAAAUUUUUGUGGCACAUUUCAUUGUCGGUAAUUUUAGUUAUUCAAGGGGUCAUGAAGCUUCAAACUUCGUUUACUUUGUCUAUUUCUGUGUAUUUGCUACCUUUCAUGUACAGUGUGUACACUUUAUUUUACCAACAGAGUGGUAUUUUAUAUUGCCUUUAUUCCAUGGUUAUUAGAUUCUCCCAAGCAGAAAUUUGCAUGUACUUUAAAUGUUAAAGUGCAUUUGUACAAGUACUUAUACUGAUAAAAAGUUACAUGACCUGUCUUCUGACACGAUUACAUGAAUUUAUUGCAUAAGUGAGCAACUACACUUUGCAUGCAACAUUUUCAGCAUACUGAGUUGUACUUAGAAUUACAACAUCCCUUGAGCCUUUCCAAUUUGCAUCAUCAAUUAAAACAGCAGCUGUUUUUUGCGUUAAAACAUUUUAACCACAAAAGUGUUGUAGGAUUUUAAGGAUAUGUUAAUGCCAUAAGAAGGAAUUGAAUUCAGCAACUUAGUUAAAGGUAUGUAUCCGGAGGGAAAAGUACAUAUACUUCCUAAAUCCUCAAAAGUCCCCCAGCAAAAGUGGAGAAUUUUGAAAGAUUGAGGCUGUAGGCAGGUACAGAUGGAGUAAAAAUGUGUGGUUACUUUGAAGGAUCAUCAUUUCAAGGUCUUCAGCUGGACUAGGUUAUGCAUGAAUACAUUCUUUAAUUCAAACCUACAAUAGGAUAUUCUUUGCAAACACCUUGAUGUACUGACAGAAAUUGCUGGAAGAUUCCAAAGGAUUUGAAGCAGCAGUCAUCAACACGGGAACGUGCUAGAAACAAUGAAAGUUUGAGGCUGUAC